AUGUUCAAACAAAACUCAGAUUUAAUUAUACAAAGUAAAUGUGAUGUAAAGAAACCUUAUAAAUAUAGUGAAUGUGGGAAAACCUUCAGAGACUACACUACUCUCACUCAACAUCAAACAAGUCAUACUGGAGAACGACCCUUUAAAUGUAAUGAAUGUGAAAAGAGAUUUAACCAGAGUUCCCAUUUAACAAACCAUGAGAAAACUCAUACUGGAGAAAAGCCCUACAAAUGCAAUGAAUGUUGGAAGGGCUUCAGUUAUUGCUCAGUCCGUAUUCAACAUCAGAGAAUUCAUAGUGGGGAAAGACCUUACAAGUGUACUGAAUGUGGCAAGACAUUCAGUCGUAGUACAUAACUUACUCAGCAUCAAAGAAUUCAUACUAGUGAUAAACCAUAUAAAUGUUUUGAAUGUGGAAAGGCUUUUAGCCAGAGCACACAUCUUACUCUACAACAAAGAAUUCAUACUGGAGAGAAACCUUAUGAAUGCAACGACUGUGGUAAAACCUUUAGUCAGAGUACACAUCUUACUCAACAUCAAAGAAUUCAUAUAGGAGAAAAGCCCUAUGAAUGUAACGAAUGUGGGAAAGCCUUCAGUGAUCACGCAGCUCUUACCCUACAUCAUAUUGUCCAUACUGGAGAGAAACUUUUUGAAUUUAAUGACUGUGGGAAAGCUUUCAGUUACUGUUCAGACCUCAUUCAACAUCAGAGAAUGCACACUGGAGAUAAACCAUACAAAUGCAAUGAAUGUGGAAAUGCCUUUAAUGAUUGUUCAGCCCUUAUUCAGCAUCAAAGGACUCACACUGGAGAGAAGUCUUAUGAGUGCAAUGAAUGUGGGAAAACCCUUGGUAACUACUCAGCUCUUAUUUGACAUCAAAGAACUCAUACUGGAGAGAAGCCAUAUGAAUGUAAGGAACGUGGGAAAGCCUUCAGCAGAAGUAUGUACCUUACUCAACAUCAGAGAAGUCAUAGAGGAGAGAAACCAUAUAAAUGUAAUGAAUGUGGGAAAACUUUUAUCCAGAGUUCAUUCCUUACACAACUGAGGGUUCAUACUGGAGAAAAACCUUACAAAUGUAAUGAAUGCGGGAAAGCUUUUAGUGACCGCCCAGGGCAUAUUCAGCAUCAGAGAACCCACACUGGAGAGAAGUGCUAUGAGUGUAACAAUUGUGGGAAAGCUUUCAGUUUCUGUUCAGCCCUUAUUCAGCACAAGAGAAUUCAUACUGGAGAGAAGCCCUUUAAAGGCAAUGACUGUGGAAAAGCCUUCAGUGAUUGGUCAGCACUUAUUCAAUAUCAGAGAACUCACACUGGAGAGAAACCUUAUAAAUGUAAUGUAUGUGGAGAGGCCUUCAGUCAGAGUACAAACCUCACAAAUCACCAGAAAACUCAUACCAUUGAAAAAUCUUAUAAAUGCAAUGAAUGUGGAAAAGCUGUUAGUUACUGUUCAGGCCUUAUUCAACAUCAGAUCAUUCAUACUGAAGUGAAACCUUAUGAAUGCAAUAAAUGUGGCAAAGCCUUCAGCCAGAAGACAGACCUUAAAAAACAUCAGAAAACUCAUAGUGGAGAGAAGGCAAAUAUACAUACUGAGUUUACUUCUGUGUGGAGUGAAGUUCUUAUUCGGCGGCACCUAGCAGUGCAGUUUCUGGAAGGUAGCACGCAGAGGCAGCCGCGAACAGGAGCCUUGGUGUGCAGAGGCUUCCAAAAGCCCUAUUCCGAGACCAACUCCGAAAACAAAACUCCUGUUUUCAGACACAGGAACUCCUGUGCCCUGUCGAAACGGAUCCAAACGUUAUCCAAUCGGAAAUGGAAUUCUGAAAAUCUGCCUCCCUUGCAGGCAAAGAAAAACCUCUUGAGAUUUUUGACAGUUUCUUCUCAAACGAGGGUUUCCUCAAGGCUUUGCCCCACCGGCUUCUCCUCGGUUCCCCCUGCAGCUCCUCCUGUGAGGCCAGACAAGCUUCUGAAGAAGCGGGUUCAGAGACUGAAUAUUUGGCGGAUUGGAAACGGGCAGACUUGGAGGCGCUACUGGAACCCUGUGGUUCUCAUGGGGACCGAAAAGAGGCCGAGUAAAAGGAGGAGUGAGCUGAGCUAG